CCCUGCGGCUGCUCACCUGCGUGCAAGCCUUCGACCGUCCACCGUCCACCGCCUUCCAUCGGACCAGUCCACACCUAGCCAGUCAACUUCGGGGACCCUGAUCGACCGGAUCGACGGCUACGCGCCUCCGCUAUUUGCGCACGGAACGCUUGACUCGCGCGAGCAACCCGCGUCUACUCGCGUGACGGGAACCUGCCUCGGGUAUCUUUCGCGCGUUUUUACCCCGACUCGCACAGCAAUCGAAUACCCGGAUAAUCCGUCAGUCGGUUGAAUCGUGUUCGAUGGUGCAGUGCCGAUAGAGAAUAAGUGAGUCGUCGACUCGUGAGAAUUUGUGUUACGAUCUUCGCGGGACUCUUCUUCCAGGAAUCGUCGGAUGGAGCACCGAUAGCGAUUCGAUACGAUGUAAACUGCAUGAUUCAAUUGUUCCUGUCCCUUGGUUUCCUUUCGCGAAAAGCGGUCUCGCCGCGGGAAGAAAACGGCUGACGGUCAGCCAGCAGCAGGUGGCCGGUUGAUGCAUUCGCCUCGCCGCCGCCGCCACCGCCGCCGCGACGAGAAUGAUGAUGAUGGACAUGGGCAUGUACGGAACUUAUGCCAAGUCUGAGUCAUAUCCGAAUUACGCGUGCACGGGUCAAGGGAAUCAUCACCAUCAUCAUCAACCCGUGUCCGUUGGUGGACACGUGCCCGCCGUUCCGGCUUCUCCGGAGCUCGCUCCGGUCCACUAUUUUCCUCAAACGGCGGCGGUGUCGCCGUACUCUUCCUCUUCUACGGAGAGCUUUCUAGCCGCGGAAUCGGCCGCGUCCUCCGUUACGCCUCCGCAGGGUUUUUAUUCACCGACGGCGAGCGUGAUAAACGAGGACAGUUCUACUACCGCGAUCAUCUCCUCGGAGAACGGAUUGAGCUACACAAAUCUUGAUUACGCGUCCUCUUCGUACGCGGGUCAGCAACAGCAGCAACAGCAUGCGAACGGGAGCCACGGAUCUAUGGAUCCUCACCAGAGUUACCACGUCCAGCAAGCGAGCUACAGGGACGAUCAUCAUCCCCAUCGGCAUCAUCAGGCUUCAACUUCGGGAAACGAUCUUCGUCAAGGAUCGAUGGUCCAUCAUUCGAGAACGGAGCACGAGCAACAGUUGCAUCAUCAGUCUUCUAGUCAUCACCAUCACCAUCAUCGCCACGAGCCGGCAGACUACCAGCUUCCGGUCGCCGGUACCAACUAUCUUCAUCAGCUACCCGCCACGGAUGACUCGAUUCACUAUCACGCACAGAUCCGACAGAACGAUUACGCAGGACAUUCCACCGGUCAUUACAAGGAAGAGAAUCCGGACCUGACAACUUAUCACGCGUUGCAACAGUCGGUCCAUCCUCAACAUCCUCAUCAACAUCAUCAUCAUCACCACCAUCAUCUUCAACAGCAGCAGCAGCAGCAGCAACAGCAGCAGCAUCCUCAUGGGCAUCACGGACCGUCGCAGCAGCAACAGCAGCAACCUCACGUGCCCACGUACAAGUGGAUGCAGGUGAAGAGAAACGUUCCCAAGCCCGUCGCAAAGACGAAUCCUACGGUGGGAGAAUACGGAGGAAGUACGAUCGUAGGUGGAAACGGAUCCCCGUACGCGACAACGGCGAACGGGCCCGUAAGUUGUCUUACCGGCGGCGGCGGGCCCUUGGUGGGAAUCGCAGGCAGUUUCAACAACACCGGCCGUACCAAUUUUACGAACAAGCAACUGACGGAGCUCGAGAAAGAAUUUCACUUCAACAAGUACCUGACCAGAGCGAGACGGAUCGAGAUCGCGUCGGCGUUACAGCUGAACGAGACUCAAGUGAAAAUUUGGUUCCAGAACAGGAGAAUGAAACAGAAGAAGAGGAUGAAAGAGGGCCUGAUACCGGCGGAAAACGCGAACGUGACAUCGCUCGGCGGUGCCAGGAGUUCCAGCAACUCGCCGACUAGUUCCUCGAGCCAUGAAACCAGCGGUCUCGCGUUGUCGAGUUUCACCAGCGACAAUAGUCGAGAAUCACCGCCCUCGUCCAUGAAAGAUUGACGCGUUGCUUGCUGCAGCAACGAACGCGACUACGGCAUCCGACUCGUCGACGAUUGGUGAAAAUCGAACUGAUCGUCGGAAACCCGGGUCCCGUACGAAUCGCGUGGCCCCAACUUACAAUAAUCGAUUGAUUCCUUUGCUGCAGCGCGAACGAUAACGAUACGCACUUCGAAGACGUGUACAUUUAAUCGAGAUCAUUGUACGAUCUCGCAAAUUAUCAACAAUAAUCGAAUAUACGUAGAAUAGAAAGGAACGACGCGAGACGGCGCGUGUAGGUAUGCCGACUGUACCAACUAUUUAUUUUUCUUCGAUUUGCCAAUGCUCUACGGGCAAUGAGAACAUAGAAUCGAUCCGCGAAAUUGAUUCCAGGAAUCGCUCCCGAAAGUUUAUCAGAUACCUCAGUUUGCGUAAACGGCGUAACGAUGUACCUAUGACGCAUUUAUCGUAUAGGUACGUAGAUAUAAUUAUAAGUAUCACUGAUCGAUUGUCAGCCUAUUAUGUAAAAAAUUGCGAAAAUACUACUUUCGAUGCCUGUUGAUCGCAUCUAGAGAUCGAUCCUCUUUUUGGCGAGGACAAUUAUUGUUUAAUGUUAUCAUUAUUUCGCCGUCGCGGCGUCUAGUACAUUUUUCAUUUUCGAGACAGUUAUUGGACGUGUACGAAUCGCGUUACGCAAAGUUGUGAGUCUAAUAAAGUAUUAGUACAUACGCGCGUGUGCGUACCGGUGUAAGCAUUAAAAUUAAUCAUACGUAACACGCAAUGAUAGCAUGAUAACAGUAGUUGUGCUCCCAAUCUGAACUUUCUGUAUGUAUAUGUACAUAAAAUUUAAUGCAAAUCUUGUCCUCCGAGUAACGCGCGUCAUUGUAAGUAUGUAUACCGAUAUGUUACCAAAGUAUUAAAAAGAAUAUAACGAAAUGAAUAGGAUUGCUGCGUAGGUGUCAUGGGACUGACGAUACAAACGUAGAUGCAGAGGAAAAUGAGCUCGUGUAACGAACACAAAAGUGGAGGCAGCAAGAUUCGCGUUGAUUCUAUUUAACUUAAUUUGACAACUCGAAAAUUAACGAACUAAUGUAAUCGUAUAAUUAAGUAUAGAUUAUGUCCUGAUCUACUCAGAACUUCUGUACCUAAACGAAUUCAGAUGUAAUAAAAUGUGAUUAUUCCGUAGCGUUAUA